AUGUCACAAUUGCCAACUGAGGCACCAUUCGGUGUGGUUGACAUGGGGUCCAAUGGUAUUCGAUUCGGCAUAGUCAGUGCGCUAUCUCGCCAUUUACCAGUAGCCUAUGAAGAACGUGCGCCCAUUUCACUUUUCGACGCACAAGGCGUUGAGCGUGUUAUUCCAGAAGAAACAAUAUGCCAAGUCGUUACUAGUUUUCGACGCUUUCAACAGCUAUGCGAACAUGCUGGAGUAAAACCUUAUAACGUCAAGAUAAUUGCCACGGAAGCUACGCGUUUGGCGCUCAACUCUCAAGAAUUUAUCGGCAGGAUCUUUGAUGCGACGGGUUGGAGCGUCUCACUCUUAUCAAAAGAAGAAGAAGCUUUGAUCUCUGCUUCUGGAAUAGUAGGCUCUUUUUACAAGGUGGAUGGCGUUACGAUGGAUCUAGGUGGUGGCUCUGUCGAGUUCAGCUAUGUGACCAGUAAGGGUGGCGAACUCGAGAUAUCAUCUACGCCUGUGUCACUGCCGUACGGAGCUGCUGCUUUGAAGCGCCGUUUGGGCCAGUGUACUAUCAGAAAGGAGCGAAAGGCCUUGCACGCUGAAAUCGUAUCCGAAAUCCAAGCUGCUAUCCAGCAUGUCAAUAUACCUCCCAAGCUGCAGAGCAAUGAAGGCUACACAAUCUAUAUGAGCGGUGGCGGAUUUCGCGCCCUUGGCUACUUGUCUAUGAAAGCAAAAGGAUCACAUUUACAAAGUUUAGAAGGCAGCCGCCGCAGUUCGAUAGUCGCAGCUCUAGGAUCCCAAUCAACAGACGGAGAGCAACCACAACAACAACAUCAUCAUCAUUCUCAUCAUCAUGGUCAACACAGUCAUCAGCAUCACAAUUCUCACCAUAAUCAUCAGCAAUCGCAUCGAGACUUCAUCACUUAUCCGAUCCCUAUCAUCAGCGGCUAUACGAUAACCGGUCAAGAACUACAAGAAUUGGCCAACAACUACAAGAACAAGGAUCCAGAAAAAACAAUGAAGCGGCUAAAGGGUUUCAGGAUAUCCAAGCGGCGCGCUGGUAUGGUGCCUGCAAUCUGCUUCUUAGUUUCAGCAAUGUUGGAUGUCCUCCAGGUGCGACAAGUACAUUUCAGCGAGGGUGGUGUGCGACAGGGUCUGUGCUACACACUGCUAUCUCCAGAAGAACAACGAAAGGAUCCUUUACUGGAGGGAGUCAAAGCGUAUGCGAGCGGAUUGCCCCACGCACUGUCAUGUGGCGAACAUGAAGCGAUCUGGUCUAUCUUGCAAGAUGCAGUCCCGAGACCAUAUCUCGACCCCCAACACCCGUUGCAGUUGCAUCGCCUGUUAUCAUCGGCAAUACACUUGGCCAACUUGACAACGCAUUACCCCAAAGAGACCCGCGCAUUUGUUGCAUUCCAUAUGCCGCUUGCCAGCGGGCCACUGGCCAACGUGCCCGGUAUUACACACCAAGAACGAGCAACCCUGGCGCUUUUACUCGCAUUCAGACAAGGCGGUGAAGUGCCCGAUCCGAUUUUCAAAACGAUCCAGCGUAUGCUAGGCCGCAAAGGAACCGCUGUAUGCAAAUAUGUCGGCAGAUUGAUGGAGCUUCUUUUCACCAUCUCGCCGCUCAGUCCCGGCAUGGGUGUAGCGAAAAGCGGGAUCUCGUUUGUAGCAACAGUACUCGACGAUCCUGGACCUGUCGAAUCAUCUGAAUCCUCUUCGACCACUUCAUCGUCUUACUCGUCGUCAUCCAUGUCGUCUUCUCCAGCCAAACAUAAAAAUAAAGAGCAACUACGGCAGUACACUAUUUCUUCUGGUACAACUGCAAACGACGAAAACAACAACGAAGUUCAGCACGACCCCACGGCAAUCUUUUACCCACGUGUACGGCUCUGCAUACAUCUCCCGAAAAACCAGUCAUGUCCCAUGGUUGAGGCACCUGCAGUGAUGUCUGUCAUUGAAAGCAUGGGCCAGAAAAUUAGCUUUAAAAAGAAAUUUGAAAUGGAUGAAGAACUACGAUCCAUAUUAGCUCAUCCCAAUCUUUUUUCUGUGGACGUCAUCCGUUCUGACGGUCCAUAA